AUGCGUCUCCUUCACACAAAAACCUUCCAGCUCGAGGAAUUCUACGGCCAGCCACCAGAAUAUGCAAUUUUAUCACACACAUGGGGUCCCGACGAGGCCACAUUCCAAGACUGGCAGGGCAACCUCGAGCUCAUGAAGCUCAAGAAGGGUCACCAAAAGAUUCGUCGAGUUUGCGAACAAGCCCGUAGAGAUGGUCAUAUGUACAUAUGGUGCGACACCAACUGCAUCGACAAGAGCAGUUCUUCCGAGGUGUCUGAGGCACUUAACGCCAUGUUCAACUGGUACAAAAAUGCCCAAGUCUGCUACGUCUACCUCUCCGAUGUGGCGCCUCUCGAUACCGGUGCUUUCGACCCCAUGGAGAAUUUCAGAAAGUCGAGGUGGUUCACCAGAGGGUGGACCUUGCCCGAACUUCUGGCACCCACGAGUAUCGUUUUCUUUGCCAAGGAUUGGACCCCUAUCGGCACAAGAAAGACCCUUGCCAACACUAUCUCUUUUAUCACCAAGAUUGAUCAGCAGUAUCUCGACUGCACCUUUUACAAGGCCAGUAUCGGAGAGCGCAUGUCGUGGCUAGCCAAGAGAGAGACAGAACGAACAGAGGACAUUGCCUAUUGUAUGUUGGGCAUCUUCGACAUCAACAUGCAGAUUGUCUAUGGCGAGGGAAUGAGAGCCUUUAUUCGACUACAGGAAGAAAUCAUUCGUGUGUCGAACGAUCAAACCCUCUUCUGUUGGAACUGGGACGACCGCUACGUACCACACGACUGGGCCAGCAUCCUAUCUCCAUCUCCCAGAACCUUCCUUGACUCAAGCAUAUACACCGAGUGGCCAGUCCACGAAGCAAAGACAUACACCGUGACCAACGCUGGACUUUCCAUCAAGCUUCCCGUCAUGAACACUAUCACAGAGUCCGUCGAGCAAUGGCUUGUUCUACUCAACGCUCGAAGAGAUAACGAGAACCAGCAAGUCGCCCUUCUUCUCAACAGAUUGCCUGGAAAGGACCGCUGCACCCGAAAUCGCACACCACCCUGCCCUGUACCCAUCUUGACAGGCGCCACCAAGCUGCGCGAGGAACAGAUGUACAUAGCUCUCAGUCGCGAGCGCGCUUCCAUUCAACCCGACUUCCACGGCCACGGCACCUAUGAGAUUCUCGUUAGUCUCGACAGUGGCAUGAUCCCCUACGACAGCAUCAACUCGUCACCACGUCUCGACUCCAGUACCAUCAGUCUUCAACAGUGGGACCAAUCGGGUCACUAUGGUUGCGUCCUCGCCAUCCAAGGUAUGCAAAGCAUCAAGAAGAACGACCGUCGCGCAUCCGUCUUUAUCGCCACGCUGGUCUUUGGCGUCGAAAUCCAAGGCUCCAAGGUAGAAUGGUUCUGCAAGAUCCGAGGCAUUCAAGAAAACUCGUCAGCCUUUAGCGCCAACAGUCUUGAGGACGCUGUGUACGAGGAGGAGCAAGAGAUUCGCUCGCAGCUGCGUCGCACGGGUCACUGGCUUGCCAUUUUCGACCAAGAAAAGGAUACCUCAACGGAUACCGUACGAAAACACGAGAUUGAUUUGUUGACCAGCGUGUCAUUGAGUUCAGGUGUUAGAAUCGCUUCCAAUUCUACUAUGGCGGUUGCGCAUCUGCAGCUGGCUCAUAUUGUUAAACCAGCUGAGGUGGCGCCUUGGGAUGAUGGACAAAAGUUUAGGACUGCGGAUGGAACCAAGGAUUUGUCCAAGUGGUUGAGUUCUUUGCAGUGA